AGAGAGAGAGAGAGAGACUAAAAGGGGAGUGGAUACCAAAACAAGUCAGAGAAGAAAACCUUUCUGUUCAGUUCUCAGCUGCAGCAAGUGACAGCAGGAGCGAGCCAACAAUUAAAAACCCCAGUCACACACGCCAGUUUUCUGCAGUUUGUUCGCCCUACUUCAGCGGGUCAUUCAGCUCAACUCUCAACGAUGGGGGAAGACUCAUCCCACGCCGAGCGCAGCAGCACCUCCAGCAACCCCACCACCCCGCAGCAGCAGCCGCAGCCUCCGCAGCUUGAAGACAAGGAGCUUCUGAUCCCCAGCUUCAGCCCGGGGUCCGCCCCGUCCUCUCCCACCAACACCCUCACCCGCCUGGGCCUUAAGAGCCCGACCAGCCCGACCUCAGCGGCGCCGGGAAGCCCCGCCGACCGCGGCCAGGUGAGCGCCAUCACCGUGGUGGCGCUGCUGGACAAGCUGGUCAACAUGCUGGAGGCGGUGCAGGACAACCAGCGGAGGAUGGAGCAGCGGCAGGCCGACCUGGAGGGCGUCGUGCGCGGCGUGCAAGGGGACGUCACGCGCCUGUCCAAGACCCACACCAGCACGUCCAACAGCGUCAACAAGCUGCUCGAGCGCUCCCGGAAAGUCAGCGGGCACAUGAAGGAGGUGAGGGAGCGCAUGGACAAGCAGGCGGCCCAGGUGAAGCGGCUCGAGGCCAAUCACACCCACCUGCUCAAGAGGAACCACUUCAAAGUGCUCAUCUUCCAGGAAGACAAUGAGAUCCCCACCAGUGUAUUAGUCAAGGACUCCCUCAUGACCCCACAGCCCAGCCAGAUGGAUGCAGAAGCAUCCCUACCUAGUGCUUCUGUUAUGGGCUCUGUUGAUGGCAUCCGCCCCCAGGAGGAGGGUCUCCAGACUAUCAGCCUCUCCUCUGAUGACGACGACGAUACUACAGUGCACCGCGAGGAGGAAGAGAUCCCGGAGUGCGAGGCCUUUGGGAGUUUUGCCAGUGAUCGCAACUGUGAGAAAUCCCGUGCUGAAAGGCUUAAGCGCUCUAGCCUGAAGAAGGUGGAUAGUCUUAAGAAAGCCUUCUCUCGCCAGAGUAUUGAGAAGAAGAUGAGCCAGAUCAGCACCAAGAUCGUGCCACCUGAGAGGCGUGAAAAAAUCAAGAAGAGCCUCACCCCUAACCACCCCAAGAGCCCGACUGCCAAGAGCUCCUCCUUCAAGGUGUCUCCCAUGACCUUCACUGUCAAGAAGGUCCGCGAUGGGGAGGACCGCGUGCAAGAUGUGGUCUCACCUGGGGAAGCGGCCCAUGUAGAGAUUCCUCCUCUGGGCAGCUUUGAUGGAGAGCUCCCCCUGGCAGAGGUGCACUCCCAGGAAGGCUUCCUGGAAGAGGGACAGGAGAUGCUGAGUCCCUCCACCCCAGAGAGCAUAAAGGCAGAGCUGGCAGUCAAUGGAGAAGCAGCAAGUGUCGAGUGUGACCUGAAUGGUGAUCGUCCUGCUGAGCUGGCAGUCCCAGAGCACGAUGAAGAGGAUGUGGAGGAUGAAGACGAGGAGGAAGAGGAGGAGCACCACAAAAGCCCUGUUGAGAUGGUGGCAGAAGCCCAGAUUCCCACAGCCGCGAUGGAGACAGUGUCUUAAUCUGAUUUGAUUUUGCCGAGUUUAAAUUUAUCCCAUUCCCUUUUUUCCCCUCAGUGUUUCUGUUUAUUAAACUCCCAGCAGCACAAAUAGCCCUUCCUUUCCAGUCUCUAUCAGGCUCCUCUUCUUAGCAUCUUGUCGCACACACAAAACACGCAAAGCACACUCUGCUUUUCAACUUGACAUUCUCAGGCUGUUCAUCCCUGGACCACUCCAGCAUCAAUACUCGUGAUUGUCAUCUCUACAAAUGACUGCAGUCUAAAUCACCUAGAUCUACAUACACAACUAAACCUCACUAGGAGCCCAGAUAGAGGCACCUAGGAUCCAGUGCAGGUGCUCCUUAAGCCCUCUAGUGAAGCUGUCCAAGGCAAGCAACAUUGCACCGAUGCACCAUAAUUCACUCUCAUCAGCUGGAGCCCACCACUUCAGUAGCAGCACAUCUCCAGGGCGCUUGGCCAACAAUCUCCCUCUUGCUCUGUUUGUCUGUCUCUGGACCGUUCUGUCUCGCUGACUAAUAGCCUCUUUGUUCUUUGUGUUUUUGUGAAACACAGUAAAUCUUUGGCAAAGGUGGUACUGCCCACAGCUUGUGGAAGCAGUGUGUUGCCAGGUUGUGUGAAUUGGAAUGGGGAGUUUCUAAGUUUUAAGUAAAAAAGGUCCUGGGGUACUUUUUAGACUAUAGUGCCUAGAGGUUGUUUACAGAAUUCCUUUGGACCUGUGCUGCAUUAGCCCUAAUCUUAGCUAACAGAUGGAUAUAUUACAGUGAUCCAAGCUGCUCUGUCUUGUCUCCUUACAUUCAUCUGCACUGAUCAAAGUAUGUUUCGUCCAGAAUGGGAUCAAAGUGGUAAUUUCCUACCUUAUCGUUCUUUAACCAGCGUGGAGCACCACAUGCGUUACAACCGAGACAACUGAGGAAGUGAAAAUUAAGUUGUAAAUAACAGAAAAGUAGAGUAAAUAUACUUUAAAAUAGUCUAAAUCGUCUAGCAAAUCACACCUUUCUGAUACUCUAAGGAAAUAAAAAACAAACACAGAUCUUUUACAAAUAUUAUUUGAUAUAGGUCUGAGUUCAGUCACAUUGAUUCAAAUGAAGGGUAUUAACAGAAUAAUAGAUUGGAAGCUAAAAUAUCCUUGAGAAAAGCUGAGCAAAUCAAAUUCCAUAUUGAUUUAAAUACUGGCAUUCUGAAAGUUUCCUCUCUCCAGCCAUUCUUUUGUCAUAUAAGUUUAUAUGUUUGUGUGCCUAAAUUACUUUGUGUUUUUAUAUGGGGAGCACAGUACUUGCUAGGAUUUUACAACAUAUGCAGCAUAAAAAACUAACUUGCCUGGAGUAACACUAAUUGCCUGGAGUAUUUGUACUUUUAUAAAUGUUGUAUCAAUGUGAAUUUUUUGACUUACUGUGUAAUAGUUGGGUGUUUAUUAGCUUUCCUUUCUUUCAGGCAUAUAUAACGUGCAUGGUGAAAUGUUUACUCGGUUGCAUACAGUAUGUUUGAGUUGUAAACACACACACACACACACACACACACACACACACACACACACACACUCACACACACACAAAGAAUCAGUGAAAUUUCCUGGGACCUCACCACAGAAGCCAGGACCACCACACACAUACAAGUGCACACAUGCAUACUGCUAUAUGCACCAGUGCCUUUAGCAUACACAAGCUGGUGUGUGUAAUUUCCGUCCUGAAGGGAUGGAUUCCUGUGCAUUUUAGAGAUACAAGUGAUAGUCAAAGAUGCCUAAAAUUUCUUCCCUUCUCAGAUUUUCCUUGUAGCUAUCACUGGGCAAGGAGUAAUGUUAUUCUUAGCUGUGCACCAGACUCAUGAGAGUCAGCUUUUGCUACAGUUUUAUAAGGUCUAAUAUCAACCAGAUGGAAAGCCACAAGUUUGAGUGUGAGAGAGGAACACAUACUUUAUUUAGAGUCACCUUCAUAUUUGCAAGCUGUGCCUGAGAGUUUCUCUAAAGUGACCUUCAGCUUGUUUGUGAUUCUUGAUGCCCCACUAGCCUUACAGUCAUAGAUACCUAGUGAAAUGCCAUGAAUCUCUAAAUAAAACUGUUUAGCAAAUGAUACCAGGUGCUGAGGAUCCAAAUAAGAGAGAGGGGCCGGAGAAUUGGAGAAAAGGAGAGGGCAGCAUUCCUAGGUUUGAUGGAUUACUCCUGCGCAGCCCAUUUUUCAUGCUCUUGGCCUCCUUGUUGAAAAGCUACAAGGAGAAGAGGAGGCUCCCUGGAGCCACAGGUGUUUGGCCCCAGCGGAGGCUCCUGGGCAUGGAGUUGUAGGGAGGGGAGUGUGGGAAAGGACUUCAGAUGUUGGGGAAGAUGAUGAAGUUAGUUUGGGGCAGGGCUUAAGAUAUGUGCAGCAAGGCAUGAAAGAAUUCAAAAUAUGAGAGUUUGAAACACAUAAAACGAUGGGAACUGAAGGGGUUUUUAGGGGUUGAGAACUAAUAACUGGCAUCAUGUAUCCACAACUGUGUAUUAUUUUAUCUAAACCCAUUUACAUGCAUUAUUCUAUCCCUGAUAAGCAUUGUGAAAUUCCACUUAAAAUUCCCUGCUUCUUAAAUUAGAAAUAAUCUAAUAAUACGUAUACAUUUUCUAAUUUUCUAAAACUAUGCAAGGAACGUACAGAUAGACAUUAUAGUGGUCUGGCAAGGAAAGCAGGAAUGACGCAGUGUAUGUGAUAAACUGAAAUAAGCUUGAUAGUGCUUGACAAUAGUGUCUGUAUGUUUAGGGAGAGGGCCUGCUCGCAAUAUGCUACAGUAAUUUUUUUUA